AAAAUGACACCCUCAUCACUAUUGUUUUCCUUCAACGUUUCUCUCAAAGCACUUCUCUCUCUUUCCCUCAAAAUUCCGUUUCUCUCUUUAAUGCCCAAAGUUGCAGAAGUUCAUCUCCCUACAUCUUCUCUCUCUCCUCUCUCUCUAAAAAAACCCACAGAUCUGAAGCCCUAUUUCCCAAUUCAGCCCCAACCCACCGAUCUAAAAAACCCACAGAUCUCAAUAUCUCUCUCUACCUCGUCUGUCUUUCUUCCCACUUCCUUCCUGCACGACCUUCCUCUCUCUCUCUCUUCUUCUUCCUCAUUGCUCCCAAAAUCAAAAGCAUCUUCGCCAUUGCUCCCAGAAUCAAAAGCAAUGGCAGAUGAUCUAAGGUCAAAGGCCGCUCAAAAACCCCAAAUCAUGAGGAAUCUCUAAAACCCCAUAUUUCCAUCAAGAAUUUGUUCAAAACCCAAAAUCAAAUUGGGCAUUGUUCUACUAUUUCAACUGCUAUCAAAGACAUUAAUAUUACAACUCAUGAAGAAAUGGAGAAUAUGGAUAUCUUUCAUGUAGACCCCUACUUAGAAAAGUGUAAGGAUCAUCUGUUUUAUAAAUGGAGUAGAUAUACAUACCAUAGAAUCCCACUGAAAGCAUUUAUUUGUUUUUAUCUUUACUUUUUAGAGACAAAUUCGACAAAUUUUCUGUUAAUAAAUCUAGUUCUAUUGAAAUUUUUAGAUUGUUUUUUUCCUCUAAUUUAACUGUUUUGGGAAUGGGGGGCAUCGUAAUGGCUAGUCUGUUACUUAUUUUGCUUCAAUAAUUCAUUUACUUCAUAGUGCUUCUGUUUAACUUCACAUCAUGAUUGGUUCAGGUUUCAAUAUCAUUUUUAUUGCAAACAAUCCUUUAUGAUUCGCCUCAUAUAGUGCCUAUGAUGGGAUUAAAUAUAAGUUGUGUUCAACUAUGAAUAGUUAUAUAACACUUCCAAUGCUUAAAUUAGAGUAGUGUUCUGUAGAUUGAUGUAAUAGUGUUGAACCUCAUCAUCUUUUAUGCAGUAGUGAACAUGGAUGAAAAAAUGUUCUUGUGUAUAUAUGGGGGUGAACUUUACAAUAACUUUGAUGGUAGUAUGGAGUAUGUUAGGGGCAAUUCAUGUACUUCUUCAGUUCAUCGACAAACGAAGUUGGAUGAGAUAAAGGAAGAUGUGGCAAAUCAAUUCUCCAUAGAGUCUUCUAGAGUGUCACUUAAGUACAUCUUCCCGAGUAACAAGAGAUGCCUUGUUACCUUAUUUAAUGAUCGUGAUGUAGAAAGGAUGUUAUUUGUACAUGAAGGUUGCAAUGAGUUAGAAAUCUAUGUUUUUGAUGGAUGUGAACGCAUGAGUGGUGUUUCUGUGGUCAAUGGUAACACAAGGGACAACGAGUUUGUGCAGGCCCUGCCCUCUUCUUCAAAUGUUGAGGAAGGCAACAAUGAACAUAAUAUGCCUCGUUUGCUCUGCACAUGGGAGAACUUAUUAAUCGAUAUCGGUCAAGAAUUCCCCAAUAUAUCUAAAUUUCGUGAUGCACUUUGUAAGUAUGCAAUGGUGCAUCACUUUGAGGAUGUUUACAUAACUAAUGAGAACUACCAGGUGCAGGCGAAAUGUAAGAAUGAUAAUUGCAAUUGGGAGAUUGAUGUUUGUAAAGUUGGGCAUUUGACGAUGUUCAAAAUUGAGACAUGGAGGAGAGAACAUUCAUGAGGUGGUGGGGCUAACAUCAAUGUCCAUAAGAGAACCUCAAAACAGUGUAUUGCUAACCUAGUGAAAAGCAAGUUGGAUGAUACCCCACGGUACAAGCCCCGAGAGAUGAUAAAGGACAUAGCUCAAGAUUAUGGGAUAAAGCUUCCAAAUCUCAAGGUAUGGCGGGGGAAGGAGAUCGCAAUGAUUGAGUUGCAUGGUACCGAAGAAGAUGCUUAUAAUCGGUUCCCAGCAUACCUCAAUCACCUAUUAGAGACAAAUCCGAUAAGACAUGUGACAAUGCAAAAAGGGUCAGACAAUAAAUUUCGUCGAGUUUUCAUAUCACUUGUUGCUUCAACAUAUGGCUUUAAAAAUGGAAACUGUCCAAUUAUCUUCCUUGAUGGAACACAUUUGAAAGCUCGAUUUCUUGGUACAUUUGCUUGCCGCUACAUCUAUAGACUCCGAGGAUCAAAUGUUUCCACUUGCAUAUUCUCUCGUUGAUGCAGUGGAUUCUGACAAUUGGUUUUGGUUUCUAGAAAACUUGAAAAAUGCUAUUGGGAUGGAUCAACCAAUCACAUUUAUUUCCGAUAGACACAUUGGGCUCGUCGACAAUGUAUCAGAUGUGUUUCGAAAUUCCCAUCAUGCUUUUUGUGAGCGUCACAUGACAAAAAAUCUUAGGAAUGGCAUGAAACAUAUUCGCAAUGAUGUUAAAAAUGCCAUUAUAUCUGCUUUCCAAGGUGUCACACGUUCAUUUUGGCGAGAGGAGUUCAACCUAAGGAUAGCAGACAUUCAAAACUAUUCUCAAGAAGCAUUUACGUGGGUAGCUACAUCAACUCCAGAGCGCUGGGCAACUUCAAUAUUUAGGGGAAAGCGGUUUGGACAAGUUACAACCAUUGUCGCAGAUUCCUUCAACAACUGGAUUCUAGAAGCUCGAGAACUCCCAAUAUUGUAAUGCCUUGAAAAAAUUAGGAAGCAAAUGACCCAAUUAAUGGCAGAGUGCCUUUUGGAGGCUCAGAAUUGGAUAACUACAUUAACACCGUCUGUGGAAAAGAGUUUGGCAACAAUUGUAAAGACUUCUCUCUCAUUGCGUAUAGCUGCACAAUAAAUAUAAGCACACGAGAGUGUGAGUGUCAGGCUUGGCAGGCAUUGGGCCUGCCACGUAAGCAUGCAUGUAAAUCCCUUCAGAUGGUUAAUAGAAAUUUAUACGAGUAUUGUGAUGACUACUUCACAGUUGCAAAGUACAAAGAAAGUUAUGCCAAACCGGUAUGGUCAGUCUCAUAUUUUGAUAUGUCUUUGCAAGGAUAGUCAUCUUCUUAUGAGCCAGAGAUACUACCUCCACGCACGAAACUUCCUCCUGGGAGUCCCAGGAAGAAACACAUUGAGUUGCAAGAGGUGGAAGUAAGGCCUCUUCACUGUAAUAGGUGUGGCCAGGAUCGACAUAAUAGAGCUACAUGCAGGGCAGUUCUUUCAUGAGAGGUUAUUGUGCUAACAAAAGAACUCUUGGUGACAACAUGACAGGCAGAGCCAACUGACUAUAGGAAAUCAAAGGAAGAGAAGAUGAAUAGAAUGUAAUAUAUGAAAAAGAGGCAAUAGGGCUCAACAAUCUGGACUUGUGAUCAUUUGGACACAAUGACUUCAUUUUUAUCUCAAUUUAGUUUUUGUUUAGGACAGCAAAGUAAUCUUAGUUUGUACUCUCCUUAUAGACUUCAUAUUGUUUCAGCAUUACAAUUGCAUUUUAUCCAUUGAUCCAUUCCUCUU